CUGCCGUCGCGCCCGGCCUUGCGCUGUUUCUCCCUCCCUUCUGCGUCUCUCCCCGCGACUCUUGUGUGUGCGACGCGGCGGCGAGAUAAGCCGGGGGUCGUGUGCGAGGCGCGGCCCUCCGGGAGAACCCGAUACCCGAUCCGUUUUGUAAACUUGGCACAACGGCGGUGAAAUGGAAUUAAAUCAGAGGGAAUAUAAUUUGUGAAGCACAAAAUGCACGGAGAUGAGCCCCCCCCCCCCUCCCCCGCCUCCCACCUCGUCCAGCAUUGGAUUGACAAAAGGGCUGUACACGUACUACCACUUGUAGUCACGGAUUAGCUUGCUCUUUAUAUGUAUGUUGAACUUCUUUCGCACCGUACGUAGACAACCGUGCUCAUCGGCUUUGUUAAAAUAACAAAGUAGACGCGUUGGAGAAUCGAUGGCGCCCAUUGAAGGCGCUACGAAAUGCUACCACCUAACCACGACCCAGCAUCUGACCUACUCCAACCAUGCACGCUUCGUAAGAGUGAAUACAUGAUUGACUAAAUAAAUGAGUUGACUUAAUGCGUUAGUUUCGGGGUUUAGUGCCGUGGUUAAAAUUGGAUACAACUUGAAGUAUCCAGUGCAAAAAGUUAUUGAUUAGCAUAUCGACAGAGCUAAAUGGAAGGUCAUGGUCGACGACGUCUCUGAGAAAGGACAUGACACACAGAGAGAGAGAGAGCUGUAGUUAGACACAAUAUGAAAAACAAAGAAUCGGUGGCACAUCAUCAUCAUCAGCGGGUGUCACCGGCAGUGCGAUAGCAGCCACAGGUCCUGAAUUGGUCUCGGUGAGUCGAGGUGACAGCGCCGCCCCGUGUGAAGUUGGUUCAGCACCAAGGACAGCGCCGGCGCUCAAUCGGCCCGGGGAUCGGCAUCGCUGAGUGGCCACUCCAAUCCCAACGACUCGAUGAUUUUCCGAGAUACUGGGUCACGUUUCCAUUCAAGAACAGAUUAAUUUUGCGUUGGGGUUUUUUUAAUUAAAUUUCGGUUUGUUUGUAUUAUUUGUCAGGGUUUUACUUGUCUCAUUUGUACAACAUUCACUCCGCAUGCGUGAAUGUGACGGUAAAUCGCUGUGCAUCCGGUUUGCAUGAGUUGUAACUAAUCGAUUCUUACACGCACAAUACGAGCCAUGUCCUCAGCCUAAUGAUCCAUUUUUAAGAGCACCACAAGGAGCAUACGCAAGUUAGCGACAGACUAAAAAACGAAAUACGACUCAAUAUUUACUUUUAAUUUACAUUUUUUUAAAAAUCUAAAUCACGUUGGUUUGUAUAACUCGGCCAAGCACGACGCCUGUGAUCUUGCAGACGACGUGGAUGCUUUGUUUAAAUUCACAUUUCAACCGCACCUCGCCAAUUCCCGACAUAAUCGCCCAAUAUAUAUUUAGUCUCAGUUUGACUCGUGCCAAAUCGCAGUCAGUCGACGGCAAUGCAUCCCAAGAGCCCGACACUGCCCACAGCGGGCGUUGUGAGACUGUUCACAAUGCGUGACACAAAGCCGUCAGAAGCCGCUCGCGACUCCAGUGUACACACACAAUGCGUGCUGCACGUCGAAUACGGGGCUCCAUGCCUGUGUCGGACAAGCUGACGGACAGCAUGUACAUCCUCGCCAACGAGCCCUCGGUCGCGCUCUUCCGACUGCAGGAACACGUGCGCAAGUCCCUGCCGGAGCUGGUGGAGCACAAGGUCGACAUGCAGAGCCGCGAGCAGCAGGGCCAGGGUUUGAUCUACGACGUCGAUUAUGCCAUCGGGGCAGUCAAUAACAUAUCGAGAAGCGCCGCCACAUUCUCCAACGUCGAAGGCCUCCUGAGGAAGGCCGUGGCCAUCAAGCAGCAGCUCAACAAGGCCAGCUCGCGCACACUCGCAGACACGGCGUGCAAUACGGGGGCAACGCUGCGACCGACGGGAACAUUCUAACGGCCUGUGCUUGGCUUUAAAUAUGAGGGUGGGGCGCACGACGCGGUGACAGGAGAAGUUGUUUCUCCUCCCCUCCACCACCACCUCCCGUGGGGAUAGCGUGAGGAGCCGUCAUUGUCGGAGGGCACAAAAGACGCUGCCGCCACUUGGCUGGCUCGGACUUGUGGUGGUGUCGCAGCGACAAUACGCGUCCAGCGUUAGGUCAACCCCGGACGAUUUAUGUUUUAGCUGCAGCAGCAUGAAUAGUAAAAUAAACAAUUCAUGUAACCACA